AUGGCAAAUUUGCACACCUCAUACGCCAACUCGGAUACCAACGAUGACCUCAAGAAGGAAACAGAAUCGGAGAUGAUUGAGACCGUGUCUGAAGCUCAGGAUACGGCUCAAGUCCAUGAAAGUGCCUGGGAGUCUGCUAAGAACAAUCCCAAGGUGAUUCUCUACAGCGUUGGUGCAUGUGCUAGCUCGAUGCUUUGGGGGUUUGAUAUUGGCGUUAAUUCUAUAUCUACAGCCUUGCCAGGGUUCAAAUUGGCAUUUGGAUAUGAGUACCAAGACGAACUCUUGAUAUCUGCGACUUGGAAUGCCCUCUGGACGGCAAUGACAUCUCUUGGAAUGCUCAUUGGGAGUAUAAUUUGUGGUUGGAUCUCAGAUCGUGGUGGUCGAAGAUUGGGCUUUGCCAUAGGCUCAGCAGUGUCUCUACUUGGCGUUGGACUUGAAUAUGCUGCCACUAGUCCUGGUAUGCUUCUUGCCGGCAAAAUUGUCAAUGGGUUUUCUCUGGGCUUCUUCCUUACUUUGGGCUCCAUCUAUGCAUCUGAGAUUGCUCCCACGCCCUUGCGACCAACUUUGACUGCCGCCGUUAACUUGUUUAUCAAUGCUGGUCAGCUCAUGGCAAUCGGCGUAGGAAACACCCGAUUCGCUAUAAUGGGCCCAGAAUCCUACAAGGUGCUAUUUGCAGCACAGUGGGCUUUCCCAUGUUUUAUCGGGCUGGUCGCUCUUACAAUGCCCGAGAGCCCGUGGUAUCUCUGUCGCAAAGGCCUUGUAGAACAAGCACAAAAGAGUCUUGAGAGACUGCACCUGAAAAAGACCAACACUUCGUUGAUUUUGGAAGAGAUUCAAACUUCUAUCUCAAACGAACGAGCCAUUGCCGAUUCUCAACAAAAUGCAUCCUAUAUGGACUGUUUCCGUGGUACCAACUGGCGUCGGACCCGUAUCGCCUGUGGGAUGUUUGCGGUGCAACAAUUCACCGGUAUCGCAUUCUACUCCCAGGCUUUAUACUUCUUAGGAAUUUCGGGCCUUCCCGUUGGCUUCACGUUCAAGCUAGCUUUGGGUGGAUUUGGUGUGGCCAUGUUCGGGAAUAUUGUUUCAUGGUUUAUCAUGAACUACGUUGGCCGUCGACCACUCUUAUUAACUGGAAUCAUUCUCAACGCCCUGUGUCUCAUGUCUGUCGGCGUGGCUGGGUGCUUCACCAGUAUAGCUGCUAUGUACUAUAUUGGAUACGUGAUGAACUUUGCGCAACUGUUCUAUGCCCCGACUGUUGGAGCAGUGAGUUGGACAAUCAGUGCAGAAGUCAGCUCUAUUAAGGUUCGAGCCCGGACACAAAGUCUGGCCAUCGUGACAAAUGCUUUUGUUAGUUGGGUUAUGAACUUCGUCUGUCCCUAUCUUAUCAAUACGGACAACGCAAACCUGGGCGGAAAGGCUGCCUUUUUAUGGAUGGCUCUUUCUGUUUUGAGUCUUAUUUGGGCUUGGUUCGAAGUGCCGGAGUUCAAAGACUGUACCUUCAGCGAUUUGGAUGACCUCUUCACCCAGAGAACACCAACCAGGAGAUUCAAGAAGCAAAAUGUAGAGAGGAGAGAUGGAUCGUCGUAG